AUGAACGCAGCGGGCCCUCCAAACGACGACGAGAAUAGCCAGGCCUCUGUGGGGCUGCGAGCCUCAGCAGGUGGCUCGAAAGGUGGGUGGAAAACCCCGGCCCCAGAGGAAUGUGUCUCUGGUUCUUCUUUGCCUCCCAGACCUGUCUCUUCUCUCUCAUGCACAAUGGCUGAUCCAGUGAGUAAGCCUUCAACGGAGGAACGUUUCCCCCUCGUGGCCAAGGAGGAAUUGCCGGACUUGGAGACUGGCAGGGGUGUCUCCAAUGUGCCAUCUGGGGGGCUCCCUGCAACUCCUGGCCUUUCAUGGGGGGGUUGGAGGCACAGCAGCAACAACUGCAGCAGCAGCACGGACCGACAGCAGCAGGGCUCCACCGCUGCUGCCCUACACCAACUCAGCCCCCAACUGCCAGCCCAGAGAGGGGUCCCCGUAUCUUCUCAGGGCCUCUCCUCGUCCUCAGGGAAAAAGUGUCGCCGCUGGUGGAGGUUCCUUGGCAUCGAGCCCCUGGCUGGGCAACAGAGGCAGGAACAGGAGCAGCCGCAGCAGCCGCAGCAGCAGCACCCGCGAGUUGACGUGCGCUUUACUUCCGUUGUUUUCUUUAUCUUCUUUGCGCUGGAGAUCUUUGUCAACUUUGACUGCGGGGCUAUCCCAUGCACGCUGUCCCGCAUGGCCGAUGAAUUCCGUCUCUCCCCCACAUGGCAAGGUAUGUUGGGGGCCUUGCCGUAUGUGGGCCUGACCCUAGCGUCUCCUUUAGCUGGUCGUAUCUUCGCCUAUUGGCCUGCCAAGCGCGUUGUUAUUAUAUCGAUGGCUUUAAAUGCAUUUGCUACUCUCCUAAUGGUGCUGACAUUGUUGCUGCCUCACGAGGUGUUGCCCCUCGCCAGCAGCAGCGGUGGCGGUGAGGAAGCUAUUGGCGAUGCGGCUAGUGCUGCGGUCACCAGCUUGGCUGCUGCUGCGCCGGCAGCGGAAAUUGUUCCUGAUGCGGGGCCCGCAGCCACAGCAGCUGUUGAUGCGGCAGCAACGUCGUCGAGCCCCUUUUUUCGUCUCCCCGAUUUUUCCUUUGGGGAUUUGACACCCUCUGCGCUGCUGCUGCUGUCGAGCAGACUACUGGUGGGCGUCACGCAGGCUCCCUUUGUAAUCUUUGCGCCUGUCUGGGUGGACGAGUUCGCUCCCCCAAAGAAAGCAGCACUGUGGAUGGGGGUCAUGCAGGGAGCCGCCGUCGUAGGAGUCACUGUUGGUUAUCUGGCUGCUGGCGUUUUGUCUGUGUAUUUGGGUUUCAACUGGCGGGCGGCGAUAUCCUUUCAGGUUUUCUUCCUUUGUGUCCUUACGGGGCUCAUUGUUAGCGUCCCUCGCGAAUAUGUGCAGACACCAGGAGGCCCUGGGGCCUCUAAGUACUUGCAAGACGCCAACACCCCUGCAGAUAAUCUGGAUUCAGACCAGCAGCAGCAGCAGCAGCAGCAGCAGCAGCAGCAGCAGCAGCAGCAGCAGCAGCAGCAGCAAGGAGACGAGCAGGAUCAAACGCCGCGUGAUCUGGCUGUUGCAGAAGGUGACUGCGAGGCGAUAGGAAGUGGAGCGAGCCUCAGCCAAAGCCAAACGAAGACGGGGGGGACUCACAGGAGGAAGUCGACAGAUGUUGGGAGGCGUCCGUCAGAGAGCAGCAGCAGCCCGGGAGCGCGGCCUUCUCCUCCUGGGGCAGUAGGGCCCUCUACAGUGGCUGGAACGGCAGUGGGAGCUUUUGCUGCUGUUGCUGCAACAUCGCCUGUGGCUGGGGUCCUCAUGGGCGGCCUGACUGUUGAUGCGGUUGGCGGCUACAAAACCUCCAAAGGCCGCACGCGAACGUUAGCCGCAUGCACUGCUUAUGGUGCCGUCGCCGUUGCCUGCGCUGUAGUCGGCAGUUUUUCGUUGCGGGUCUAUGUCUGCGUGGCUUGCCUGUGGUUGUUGCUCUGCUUUGGGGCGGCGAUGCUGCCGCCGCUGACGGGGAUACAAAUAGACGCGGUCUCUCCCAAUCUACGGACGCUGGCAAGUGGCAUUUCCAUGUUUUUCUACAAUAUUCUGGGCUAUGCUUUAGGAGCUUUCCUGCCUGGAGUUGCAAUGGAUUUGUUUCAUGGGGGAGACGUCUUGGGCCUAAGGGUGAGUGUGGCAUCGUUGCGUCUUGUGCUCUUUCGCUUCCUCGUUGCCCGCUCUUCUUUCGCUUCCCCUCGUUCUGCGCCGUUUUACUGUGGCUUAAAAGCGUGA